AUGAGGGAAUUCUUUGCAUAUAGAAUCCAAGACAGAACGUAUGGGUUUUCAUUAAUUUUAAAUGGAAGAAGAUUGUUACAACAAUUCUUGGUUGAUGCUUACACCAUGAUUGAAAGUGAACGACUAAACUACAUACGCAGGCAACAAAAUACUCUUCGUUGUGAAUCGUUUGAAAAUCUCAAGAAGCAUAAAGAGGGUGGUUCAGAUUCAUUAUCACAGACCGGGAAGCCCGUUCUUUUACCUUCUUCAUUUAUUGGAGGUUCUCGGUUCAUGCAGCAAAAUUACCUUGAUGCAAUGGCUUUAUUAAAAAGAUUUCUUAAGGAUUCAACCAUUAAAGCUGAAGAUAGGCCUGAUAUAUUGUGCCGAUUGUUUAAGAUGAAGCUCAAUUCUUUAACAAAAGAUCUAAAGGAUUCUAAAUUUUUAGGUGAUAUUAAUGCCGUUGUUUAUACAGUUGAAUUUCAAAAACGUGGUUUGCCCCAUGCUCACAUUUGUUUAUUCAUGAAGGCCAAUCACAAACUUCCUACCGUAGAUCAGAUAGACCCCUUUAUUUCUGCCGAGAUUCCAGAUAAGGAUGAAGAUCCGGAACUUUAUUCUCUUGUGACUGAUUAUAUGAUUCAUGGUCCGUGUGGCAAUGCUAAUUUGAACUGUCCUUGCAUGGUUAACAAGAGGUUAGACAACAGAAGUGUUGUUCCAUAUAACAAAAUCCUUUUAAAAAGAUAUCAAGCACACAUCAAUGUUGAGUGGUGUAACCAAGCUGGUUCAGUCAAGUAUUUGUUCAAGUAUAUUAAUAAAGGCCCUGAUAGGGCUACUGCUGUUGUUUAUAGUGAUGGUGAUCAAUGCCAACAAGAGAAGCCAAGAGAUGAGAUCAAGGAAUAUUAUGAUUGUAGGUACAUAUCCGCUUGUGAGGCAACUUGGAGAAUAUUUUCAAACGAGGUUCAUUAUAGGUAUCCAGUUGUUAUGAGGCUGCCCUUUCAUUUACCUGGUCAACAGAAUGUUGUUUAUGGUGCAGAUGAUGACAUUGAUAAUGUUCUAAGUAAGCCUUCUGUUGCUUCUUCAAUGUUUAUGCAAUGGAUGAAGUUGAACGAAAAGGAUGAGGCUGCUCGAAAGCUGACAUAUGUUGAGUUACCUUCUAAGUAUCUUUGGAAACUUGAGAAAAGAUGCUGGCAAGUUCGUAUAAAAUACCAAACUAUUGGAAGGAUUCAUUUCGUUUCUCCUGCAUUGGGCGAACUGUAUUUUUUAAGGAUUUUACUCAACAAAGUUAAAGGCCCACGAUCGUUCGAGGAGAUACGAACUGUUAACGGGAAAGUGUUCCCUACUUUUAGAGAUGCAUGCUAUGCUUUGGGACUAUUAGAUGAUGACAAUGAGUACAUUGAGCCAUUAAAGAAGCAAGUUUCGAAGGGUUUAGUGCUUCCUGAACAUCAAUUAAAGAACCUUACAUUGUUGCAAAUAGAAAAGUAUUUAAUUUCAAAUGGUUCCACAUUACGUAGAUUUUCCACUAUGCCUUAUCCGGACGAUGAUUCAUUACGUAAUGCUACAAAUCGGCUAAUUAACGAAGAGCUUUCUCAUGACGUGACUGAUGCACAAAAUGAGUUUCAUAGACUGCAUGAAUCUCUUACUGAUGAACAACGAAAUGUCUUUAACCAAAUAAUGCUUGCAGUUGAUAGCGGAAACGGGGGUCUCUUUUUUGUAUAUGGGUAUGGUGGAACUGGGAAAACAUUCUUAUGGAAGACCUUAGCUUCAGCCGUUCGUUCUAAAGGUGAAAUUGUAAUAAACGUCGCUUCAAGUGGUAUUGCAUCCUUACUUCUUUCUCGCGGUAGGACCGCACUCAAGGUUUCAUAUACCCAUUAA